UUUCAUUAUAUAUAUAUUAAUUUAUAUUUAUAAUGUGUAUAUAAUAUCUGUAUAUAUAUAAAUAUUAAUAAAUAUUGUUUUUUCAUCUAAUUCUUCAUGUGCUCUAUACCAAAAUCAAAUGCUUUAAAUUUGUUUACUCGAUGUCCUGGGUUAUAUUGUGGAAGAGAAUUAUUAUCAGAUGGGAAUUGGAGUGAUUGUGGUGCAUGUCCUCGAGGAUUUAGAGCAAAUGCCUCUUCAAUAUGUGUACCCUGUGAUGAUGAACCAAUGCUUUAUGAUUGGCUUUAUCUAGGAUUUAUGGCAUUAGUAGCAUUGGUACUACAUUGGUUUUGUAUUGAUAUGGUAUCUAACCAGCGUAAUAUACCUAAGAAAGUGAUUGCAUUACAUUUGUCUGCUUUACUGGAAGUUGUUUCUGCAUCUCUAAUUACUUUACAAUUGACAGAUCCUGUAGGUAGUUUUAAAGUUAGAUCAUGUAGAGCUAUGAAACUUUCAGAUUGGUAUACAUUAUUACAUAAUCCUAGUCCAAAUUAUGAAGAAACUUUACAUUGUACACAAGAAGCUGUUUAUCCUUUGUACACUAUGGUGUUCAUUUUUUAUGCUUUAGGAACAGCUAUUAUGUUAAUAAUAAGACCAAUUGUAUCCAAGAAAUUUUUACCAAGGCAAGGAAAAUUUUCAAUUUAUGCUGCUCUUUAUUUUUAUCCUAUUUUAGCAUUAUUACAUGCAGUUGGUGGUGGUCUUAUAUAUUAUUCAUUUCCAUAUAUAACCAUAAUAUUAUCUGUAUUAUCUAAUGCAGCACAUUUUUCACUUAAAUUAAAUCAGUCAAUGAAAGCAUUGUUAUUAAGUUGUGUAUCAGAUAUGAAAAAUGCAAUAGUCAUUUUAGGUCACUGGCUUUUAUAUGGAUAUGGAUUAAUGGCUGCAGCAACUUUUCGUGGUUUUGGUAUUCAUCCAGCAAUGCUUGCUUUAGUUCCUUUACCUGCAUUGUUUUAUAUUCUUACAGCAAGAUUUACAGACCCACAUAAACUUCAUAUUGAAUAAAUAUAUAUUGUGAAACUGUUUAUUGUUGAUUUGAUCAUGAUUAAAAAAAAAUUCUUUUCUUAAAUAACAAAUGAUGGGUUAAUUAUAGAAUUUCUAUAUUUUUUUUCAUAUUUAAUUAAAUCAUGCAUAUUUAAUGAUAU